AUGGCCCUCUCCUUUAUGUUGUGGAACGCCCGAUCCCUUCUCCGCAAAACGCAGGAACUAGAAACCCAUUUAGGUGACACCCUCCCAUCUGUGGUCGGCAUAUGUGAGACCUGGCUUCCCCCUCAUCUUUCUCUCUCCUUUCCGGGAUACAACAUCAUCCGCAAAGAUCGUGGUCAAGGACGUGGAGGAGGCGUCCUUCUCGCCAUCCAUGACUCCCUCGUCUCAUCGCCUCUCCCUAUCCCUCAGUCUCAAGAUGGGUGUCUGGAGGUUGUUGCAGCCAGGGUUGGACUUGGUGGUGGCUGGCUCACGAUGGCAGCCUGCUACAAUCCUGGGGGUACAGCUGGCCACCGAGAGUUUAUGCACUACUUCUCCGCCCUGCAGCCUCCAGUGCUUAUAAUGGGGGACUUUAACGCCCAUCAUACAUGUUGGGAGCCUGACCUGUCACCUCACCACCACAACACAUCUGGCAAUGCUCUCUUCCAAGCCUUGUUAGAUCUGAAACAUGUCUCCCUCCUCAGCCCUCCCGGACUAGCGACCAGGUUUCAUCCCCAUACUGGUGCUGCCUCGGUGCUCGACCUGUUCCUUGGAGACCCUACCUUCAAGGACUCCACCUUCUGCACUGGACCUUACAUGGGCAGCGACCACCUCUCCUCGCCUCCCUCCCACAAGUCUCCCCACAGCCCCAACCUGGCUGCAUGCCUCGCUGGAGGCUCAAUUCUUCUGGCUGGCCCCAGUACGUGGCUGUGCUUCCCUCCUCACUGGACACCCAACAUCUUCCCCUGGAUGAAGCCGCAACAACCAUUGCUGGGGUGCUGUCCGAGGCUGGCACAGCUGCCUUCCCACUCAUCACCCGUCGUCAUCCACGCCGCCCUGGGAAGCCCUGGUGGGAUGCAGCCUGCACGCAGGCAGUACAGGACCGUCGCCAGGCUUGGAAUCAGUGGCGUAGGACCCCCACUAUCCAGGCUGGCCGUGCUUACCGCCGCCUGGACGCCAUCUGUGCCAAGACCAUCCUCAAGGCAAAGCGAAAUGCACUGCUCCACUCUCUCCUUCCGCUCCUCUCCCAAGAGUACCAUGUCCUUUCUCCGCUCCAUGGAGGGCAAGUUCGUAUCUCGGAACAUCCUAUUUUCUGAUGAUGAUUCUACCCCACUCGCUGACCCUGAAAAAGCAAAAAUCUUGUCAGAACACUUCCACCUCAAGAUUGGUUUACCUCCUCCUCUUCGUCCGCCUCCAACCCUUACUUCAGUUAUUGAAACUGCCGUCUCCUCUCCAGCUCUCCCAUCCCUUGCUCAACCAUUCAAGCCUCAUGAACUCUCAGCCUUAGCUACAUUAAAACCCGGUAAGGCGCCAGGCCUUGAUAAAGUCCCAUACGACUUCAUCCGCCACCUCACCCCACCCCUACGUGCCUGCCUCCUUCAACUAUACAACAGCAGCUGGCAAUCGGGGCAGUUCCCAUCCACCUGGAAACCCGCCAUCCUCAUCCCCAUCCACAAGCCUGGAAAGGACCCUACACUCCCUUCAGCAUACAGGCCCAUCAGCCUCCUCUCCUGCAUUAACAUAACAUAA